AUGAAAGAAGUUAUCAACUUGGUUGGACCGGCUGUCAAGAUCGUUGACAGCCCAAUUCCUGAGCCGAAUGAUGAUCAGGUUCUGAUUAAAGUGGUGGUGUCUGGAUCCAAUCCCAAGGACUGGAAGGUCCCCGAGUACGCUGCAGGCGCGGGACCUGAUAUUCCUCUCUUGGCUGCGGUCAAGAAUGGUCUGAACCAAGGAGAUGAUAUUGCUGGCAUUGUGGAGAAGGUUGGCAAGAACGUGGUUGAAUUCAAGCCGGGUGAUCGUGUGGCAGCUUUCCACGAGAUGUGCAUGCCUCAUGGCUCCUAUGCAGAGUAUGCCAUUGCAUGGAGCCACACAACGUUCCAUUUGCCCAAGAACACAUCAUUCGAAGAGGCCGCCACUCUCCCUCUCGCCGCCUUGACUGCCGCGGCUUCCUUGUACGGACACCUCCAGUUCCCGGCACCCUGGACCCCUACAGAAACUCCCACCCCCUUCAUCAUCUACGGCGCAAGCACAGCUGUCGGCUCAUUCGCGAUCAAAUUCGCGCGCAACAGCAACAUUCACCCCAUCAUUGCCAUUGCAGGAAAGGGUGCGUCUUACGUACAAGGUCUUCUUGAUCCAAGCAAGGGCGACGCAGUGGUGGAUUAUCGCCAGGGAGUUCAGGCAUCCAUCCAGGCCAUCAAGGACAGUCUGAAGAAAUCCGGUCAACCCACGGCGCGCCACGCCCUCGAUACGAUCGCCUCUGAGGACAGCGCAGAGGUUGUGAGGAAGUCGCUUGUCGAAGGCGGCAAGGUUGACUUUGUGUUGCCGAAUGAGCUAGACGUCUCGCCUGCCGUCAAGACGAUCACCAAUGUCGGCUCGGUCCACAAUCAGCCUGGAUUCGCCACCCAUGACAACUUUGAAGACCUCGGCCUCGUAUUUUCCCGAUAUCUCACCAGGGCAUUGAAGAACGGCACCUUCACCGCGCAUCCUUUCGAGGUGAGACCAGGAGGUCUCGAGGGUGUAGAUGACGCUUUGAAGGACCUGAAAGCCGGGAAAGCAAGUGCUGUCAAGUAUGUUUUCCGUAUUGCGGAUACGCCUGGCCUUGCGUAA